ACCGGGGAAACGUUAAAAGUACCCGACUCUUGUAGACGGUCGUCUUCAACUAUGGAUACUCUUCAGGUCGAUGAUGGCUUCCAUUCAGACGGUGGCUCAGUCUCACCGCCACCGAGUCCCAGCUCAUCGAGCUCACCAUCGAUUCUAUCGACGACCUCUGAUCAUGGUUCACUGGAGAGUGUAAUCGAUUCUAGCACACAUCGUUUGCAGAUUGAGUCUGCAACGUCGUGUAACUUUUUGACGACAUCACGACGCCUGGCAGUGCUAUCGUUUGAACAAUGUCGCAAACUGAACGACGUUAUGAACGAUGUUGUUGCCAUACACGGUCGUGGUAAUUUUCCAACAUUGGAAGUUAAGCUAAAAGACUUGGUAACAAUGGUACGAAAAAAAUUGGAAUUAGAUGUUUCGUCAGGCGGUGGUGGUGUCCAAGUAAAAGACAUCCGAUUGAACGGAGGCGCUGCUAGUCAUGUUUUAGCUUCUGAACCGCAACCAUACAAUGAUUUAGAUCUCAUAUUUGGUAUUGAAUUCAGUUCAGGUCGUCAUUAUGAUCGCGUUAAAAUGGCCGUACUAAACACAUUGAUGGAUUUGUUACCCGAGGGUGUGUCGCGUCGUCGCAUCACACACACUACGCAACUGAAAGAGGCCUAUGUUGGUAAAAUGGUCAAAGUGAACAAUAACAAUGAUGGCGAUCGUUGGAGUUUGAUAUCACUAGGCAAUUCGCCGGGCCAUAAAAAUGUUGAGCUGAAAUUUGUCGAUACAAUGCGACGUCAAUUCGAGUUUAGCGUUGAUUCAUUUCAAAUUAUGUUGGAUUCAUUGUUACUAUUUUAUGACUGUGCCGCGCUACCGAUAUCGGAGAAUUUUUACCCGACCGUUGUUGGUGAAUCCGUCUACGGUGAUUUCCAAGAAGCGUUAUAUCAUUUGCAAAAAAAAUUGAUCUCAACGCGGCAGCCAGAAGAGAUUCGCGGUGGUGGACUACUUAAAUACUGCAAUUUGCUUGUGAGAAAUUAUCGACCAGUCGACUAUAAUCAGAUCAAAACGUUGGAACGGUACAUGUGUUCACGAUUUUUCAUCGAUUUUCCGGAUAUUGCAACGCAGACGAUAAAAUUGGAAUCGUAUUUGCGCAAUCAUUUCUGGGGCGUUGACGAGGAGCCAUUGCAGUAUCAAUACUUGAUGCAUUUACGCGACGUGGUCGAAACAUCAACUGUCUGUUUAAUGGGCCACGAGCGCCGUCAAACACUUUCGCUCAUCGAAACAUUGGCCAUGGAAAUCUACUAUCGCGAGCAACAAAAGACACAACAACAAAUUCAACAGCAAAUCCAAACGCAGCCAAUGUUCUUCGUACACACAACAACAACACCGCGGGCGACAAAUGCUCCGACGCAAUUGACGACGUCUCGAUCGAAGCCCGACGAGUAUGACAAAACGUGGCAAGUGUCACAACAACAGUCACAACCACCGCAAAUCAUUCAUGCCACCCAAUCGCAACAACUGCAGCCAAUUACUGGUGUCAGUGUCGCACAAGACCAGAACGCCAAUACAUUGCGACUGAUUUUUGCGAACGGUAUAUACUACGCGCCUGUGAUUCCUACCACGUACUGCACGUGCAAUUCACAAUGGACAACGUGAAUCAACAGCAACAAAAACAACUUUCAGUUCGUCAAACAAGAUUCGAUAUCUUCGUAAAUAUAUGGGACUUAUAUUCAACAAAAUUAUUUACACUGGCUUCCUCAACUCAUGACACAUUUGACCGAUUUGAUUUGAGUGCGGCGAAUGACGUCCACACAUUCACACACACACACACACACACACAUACAGUCACACACUCUAUCUAUAUCGAAAAAAUAAAGAGUAAGUUGAGUCCUAUUGUUUACUAAGAUAUUCCUCAAUAUUCAUACAAUAUCCGAUUCUAUUACAUCACUUGCAUUCAAGAUGUUGUUGAAAAUUAACGAACUUGAGUUUCUAAACACUUAAAAAUAUGAUGGAAUGCAAUUUAAAUGUAUAAAUAUGUGAACAAUCGAAAAGGAAAUAUAUAAAAAUGCGAGAUGGAUACAAUUAGUGUAAAAACGUGGACAAAAAAAAAACAAUCAGAACUUUCCGGUUAUAAAAACAAAUACAAAUAUAUGUACAUCUCAGAAAAGUGCAAAAAAAUUUAUGCUAUAUUCUGGCGUUAAAAUAAUAAUAAUAACGAAACAAAAAAAACAAGCCAAAAUACUUUCACACCUUCAAACCAAGUACAGCUAUAAUCAUUUGUAAAGCUUAGUUUGAUUGCGAAAGGUAAAUGUUGUACGUAAAUCGAUAAGAGUGAGAUCGAGAAGAGCAAGAAAAAUUAGAAGAAAGAGUGAAAAUGACGAGGCAAUAAACAAUAAUUAAACAAUGAAGAAAAAA